CCUCCCCUCACCCCGGACUCCUCUAUAUAUAUAUAGCCGCGCGCUGCGGGAACGGAGUACGCCGCCUCCACUUCCAUUCCAUCUAGCUAGCUAGCCAAAUAAUCUCGCCAGUCCAGCACGACGCGCGGCGGUGCUUGGCCGUCCGUCGGUCCGGCCGGCGUACAUACAUACUGCUCCGUACGGGGAUUGCCGGAGAGGCCGGUCGCCGGGAGAAACGCCCUGCGAGGGAGAGGGCCGGCGGCGGGAAUUGGUGGAGAGACGAGGGAGAUGGGGAUGAGGCCCGGGUGGGUAGGCGGGCUGGUGGAGGAGAGCUUCUUCGUGGGCUGCGCGGCGCACGAGAACCGGAAGAAGAACGAGAAGAACAUCUUCUGCCUCGGCUGCUGCGCCAGCAUCUGCCCGCACUGCGCCCCCGCGCACCGCCACCACCUCCUCAUCCAGGUGCGGAGGUACGUGUACAAUGACGUGGUGCGCCUUGACGACCUCGAGAGGCUCAUCGACUGCUCCUUCGUCCAGCCCUACACGAUCAACAGUGCCAAGGUGGUCUUCCUCAAGCCCCGGCCGCAGUCCAGGCCCUUCAAGGGCUCUGGCAACGUCUGCUUGACCUGUGACCGCAUCCUCCAGGAGCCAUUCCACUUCUGCUGCCUCUCCUGCAAGGUGGACCAUGUGAUGAUGCAGGGCGGGGGGGACCUGUCCAACAUCCUGUACGUGCCGGGAGGCGGCGGUGGCGGGCCGCCGGACCUGGUGGGCUGCGGCUUCCCGCGCUUCGAGAACCUCCGCUUCGACGACGACCCGGCGGCGCAGUACGGCGGACAGGUCACGCCCAACUCCAUCCUCGAGGACCCCAUGCAGCACGGCGGCAGCUCCAGCGGCGGCUCAGCCAGGAACGCUCGGCGUGGCGACGACGUCCCGACGAGGAAGAAGAGCGGCGGCGGCGGUGGGUUCUUCCCCCAGAUCGUCCUCUCGCUCGGCAACCGGCGGAAGGGCGCGCCCCAUAGGGCGCCGCUCGCGUAAACUGCCAUGCAUGCGCUCGUACGUACAGACCCCGUUACGUCGCCUUUCGACGUUGCCGCUAUAUACCUGUUAAUUAUGUUGUUUAUUACUGUUACCCUUAGGUAUUAGCAGUGUCAUUAGCAGAGUACUUAAAGUGUAAUAAUCCUAUGUAGAGAGAAGAGAAUGUGUGAGGGAGAGAUAUGGCAGUGCUGGUUGGUUGGUUGGUUGCAGCUGAGCUGAGAGGGAUGGAUGGCCUUUUCUAGCUACUAGGGCCAUGCAUGCACCUCGCUGCUGCAGUGUUUUGACGAGACUUGAGAGGAGGGAGGCAGCGACGCCAAAAGCUAGCUGCUGCUGGGAGCAACAUGGACCUGGCGUUGCAAGCCCAGGUAGGCACAGGCUCCUCGUCGUGGGCGGGUCCCCCGGUGCAGGCCGGGUCGAUCGUCCGUCCGUCGCGAGGGUGUAUAGCGGGUGGCUACCAAUUUUGUACUUGAUGCAACGAGGGGGGCGGUUGCUCCAUGGCAUGCAUGCUUACACCAUUGUUAAGUCCAUGACCAAUAUAUUAAUAGACGAUGUUGUGCAUUUGAUUAUGUA